AUGUUUGGCUUUUACAUGGCACGAAUUGUGACCAGCAGAAUGCGCCCGGAGCCUUCCAGCAGUUGGAAAAGCGAUAUAUCUGCCCUGGUGACCUGGGGUUCCCUGCAUUCCAGCUCUGACCAGGAACUGCUUUCGAUCCUCGAUGUCGCUCCUCCACACUUGCACAGUCGGAAUCGAAAGAUUGGCGGCGUCUGGGAGUUGGAAGCCUCCACUUAUCUUCGCAAGCCUGCUGCAAAAAAGCGAUACUUCAACAGUCGGGCGACCAUGUCAGACCUCAUUGCCUUGGGGGUCUAUGCGGGACCUGCAGUGCCGUUGAAAGCCGGCCGGAUCGAUGCUACCCAGGCCGGGCCCUAA